AUGGCCUGUUCAUACGGAUUGGGGUGGUUUAUUCUCCUGAUAGCUGCUGUAAACAUAGAAGCUCAAAAGAAACCAGCUAUAAAUAUCAGCUCUAAAUGUCUGGGGAACAUCCUGCGUGUGGAUGUUGGUCCACUUGGAGGGAAACAACUUGAGGUCGCUGUCGUCAUAAAUAACUCUAGCAUCCUUAUCACAUCACGUUUGGCGUCUCAGUGUGGCUUCAGCAUGAAGACGGACCAGCAGGGGAAUGCCGUGAUUUACGUCUCCCUGCACAGCUGCUUUGUUCACAAUGUGGACGACGCAUUCACCACAACGUUAAAUCUUCGCCUGAAGGGGAACCGGAUGGCCGAGGACGAGCUGCACCAGGUGGCCGAAACCUGCCGCUACGCCGCCUGGAGCUCCAGGGAAAUAGUGUGUGGGCGUAACUACAUGGAGGUGUCUGUGAAAAGGGCGGCUCUAGACGACUAUGCUGUGCCUGCAAAUCCUCUCCUAGAGGUCAACACGAAGCUUGAUCCUCGACGAGGGGCAGAGAAAAAGCCCAUGGACGCCGGAUUCAGGAUCACGUCCGUCGUGUUCUUCACCCCCGAGGAGAAGGUCAUGACGGUGGCCGAGGCCCAGAGAAGUGGUUACGGGAUCUCGAGCACUCCGUCGAGGCUGGUGCUGCGAGGCCCACACACGGCGUCUGAAAUGUACACCCAGAAUGUAGCCGGCGUUCCGAUGACGGUGCUCCAGACCUCCACCAUCUUUGAAAAAAAGUGGCUGACAACUCAGAUCAAUGCAGCAGCUGCCUGUCCGACCGUUGAGGGCAGCGUUCACUUCACUCCCAACGCGAUCACCUGGUUCCUGCCCCGGCACAUCGACCCGCUGGUUACCGCCGGGCAGUUCAAACUGGUGGAGGUGCACGUGGGCGUCGAUGGCGAGAGACUGGACGCCACUGAGAUGGCUGCCAGGCGAUACUCUCUCUCCGUCAAUAACAUUUACGUCAUCCUCGAAAUUCCUGUCGGUGCCACCGGUGGCUUCUUUAAGAGUCACAUUCAGGACAAUCAAUACCUCACUUCUUACACGAUAGAGCCGAUGCUGGAGCUGCUCUGGACGGAGGAAACCACUCACGAGGUCACCAGUUACAAAGUCCUGUUUCCCAUCGCCACGCCGUUACUGCCUCGACAUGCACAGGUUAUCGACAAAACCGUUCCGGAGGAGCGGAUCUUCAAGGUGCUGAUCGGCCCCUUCGGCUCCGACGUGACUCUCGUGAACGUCACCUUCCCCUCUGAGGUUUUGUCCGUCACCGACUGCAGCGCCCGGGGCUUCAACGUCCUGGAGCACACGUCCCCCAACAGCAGCUUGAAGGUUUUCACCCUCGACGUGCCCUUCACGGAUCCUGUCGUGCAGCAAACGAGUAGAGAAAAGGGGAAGGCAGUGUUUUCUCUUCAGCUGACCUUGGGCCUGCUGGUGCUGCCGGAGUUUGCGCCAUUUUCUCAAGCAGCUAAUCUGGAGGCCUCAUUGGUUGACAUAGUUGCUCCUUCUGUCUCCGGUGGAUGUGAUCAUGAAAACUUCUAUGUUCUCGUGCAAUACGGAUCUGAGGGCAUCAACUUUCAGACCCUCGUGGGAAAGCAGACGUUGACCCCCAGCCUGGCUCAUCUGUACGGGUUCAAGGAGAACGACACCCACUUCAGUUUGGCCGUGCCGUUCUCAGCCGCUGACGCCGUGUUUGAGGCUGUGGAGUCGUCGUCCAUCAAGAGCAGAGUGGAUGUGACGCUGAAGGAUCCAGAAACCAACAGGAACAUUCAUGAAUUCGCUUUAUCCUGCAAAUUCCCCUUAACACUGACUGAGUGUCUUCCUAAUGGAACCAUCACGGUUCUGGCUGUGAAGCUGGAGUCGGUUCCCAGUCUGAAGCCCAGUGAGCUCACCCUCUCUGAUCCCAGCUGUGGUCCCGUCUACAGCGACGACCGCCACGCCUUCUUCGUCUUCACAGGGAACUCGUGUGGGACGACCAGGAAGUUUUUCUCCAACGUGAUGCUGUAUGAAAAUGAGAUCUCUCUGCCGGAUGAGCUUCAACCUUCACAGGAGUCAGAAACAGAAGAGCCCGAGUACGAGUUAAAGAUUUCUUGCUACUAUGACAUCAACACAACCCGCGCUGUGGCCUUCCACCCGCGACCUCGCCGGAGUGAACCAUUCGCUGAAAACGCAAAGGGCGAGCUGGAGGUGGUGAUGAGAAUCGCUUCGGACGAGUCCUACAGGUCGUUCCACAGAAGCGAGGACUACCCCAUCCCCAAGUACUUGCAACAGCCGCUGUAUUUUGAGAUCGAGCUGAUGAGGUCCACCAAUCCCCAGGUGUCCUUGGUGCUGGAGAACUGCUGGGCGACGCUGAAAGACGACAGGACGUCCAAACCCAGAUGGAACCUCAUCAUCGACGGCUGUGCAAACCCAGUAGACCCAUACCAGGUAGUCUUCCAUCCUGUGUGGGCGGAAGCCAGAGUUCCGUAUCCGUCUCACGUCAAACGCUUCGAGGUCCAGAUGUUUGCCUUCGCUGAAGAUCAAGACAACUUGAGUCGCCAGCUCUUUGUCCACUGUGAUGUGGCGAUCUGUGAUGACCGGAAUGGUGGCGUUUGUAAUGGGCAGUGUUCAAACCAGCAGAACGGGAUCAAAGGUCAAAGACGAGCGGUUUCAGACGCACACAGUUACAAACAGGUGUCAUCGGGACCUAUAAAGAUAACACAAUCCUAA